CGCCAUUGAAUUUGAAGUGUUUCAAGCGUUGUCACGUCUUGACUGUCAGUGUUGUUGCCGGUUUACAUUUUCGACUUGUACUUCAGCGUUCUGCAAGUUCUUCUGAUAACUACAAUACAGUUGACGAGAUGUCGAUCCUGCCAUACUUGCUGAAUGACCUGCUCCAGGAGGCACAGAGGCCCUCGCUCCACGACCAGCACUUCGGUCUCGGAUUGCUGCCGAGUGACCUAAUCCAGCCCGAGGUGUCUGUGUUGUCCAUGCCACUGCGAUCCGGCUACAUGCGGCCCUGGCGCACUGCUAGCGGAGCUCUCAACAGCGGCACAUCCUGCAUUGCCAGCGACAAGGACACGUUCAGGAUCAACUUGGACGUGCAGCAGUUCCGUCCUGAAGAGCUGAGUGUGAAGAUAGUCGAUGAUUUCAUUGUCAUCGAAGGUAAACAUGAGGAACGUAGCGACGAACACGGUUUCGUAUCACGCCAGUUCACCCGCCGAUACAAGCUCCCAGCUGAUGUCAACAGGGAGGCUCUCAAGUCACACUUGUCCUCUGACGGAGUGCUGCAACUCGAGGCUCCUAAGGUGCAGAAGGACACUGCCAAAGGAAUCUCCAUUCCUAUCACCCAGACCAACAAGCCAGCUGUGAAACAGGCUCCCAAGACUCCAACUGCUGAACAGAAUGGCGAAAAGAUGGAGAGUUAAACUUGAAGAAAACUACUCAAGCAAUGAAUUCAAUAAUGUUUUGAACUUUACUGUUCUCUAACUUUCACGUUUAUGUUCCUCCUUUGUAUUUUUAGUGUGUUAAGUCCUGAUGUGCUAUGUCACUUUUUCACUCGAUGUUUGUAAGACUGAAUGUAAGACUUAAUUUUUGUAUUUAGUUUAGAAAGUUUUUUUAGCUUAAUAAAUUAGUGCUCAAAUA